GUCAAAAAAAAAACUCAUUUGAGUUGCCUUUUACAAAAAUGGAAAGUGAAGAUAAUUCCAGACCAGCUGAAGAGCAACCUAUUAAUAUUUCACAAAGGCAUGUUAAACCUUUUAACCUCUUUUAG